AGGAUGUAAACAAGUCAUACACCAGCGAGGGUGGCAGGUGGCGGCUGGGUAGUAGUAGCUCCUGGAAGAAAACCACUCCAGUGUAGCAGGACAGCCAGUGAGAAGCAUCACCCGCACGCCAGAAUAAGAAAGGGAAGCGCCUGACCCUAAAUCACACAGCAAGGAUAGGAGGGGAGGUUGAGUCAUGUCUGAUGAAAAAGAUGGUGAGCCAGCUGCUGCUACACCCAAGGUUGUGUUCAAGAAGGUGAAAAACAAGAAUUAUUGUCGCCGCCGCAAAGAUGACUCGGAUGAAGAUGAUUCAGGCAAUGGAGACGAGUCACUUAUGUAGUGCCAAACUGGAGGAGAGCAAGGAGCUACGUAAGUACCGGCGACGGCAGGCAGGAGUGAGUGCCGAGGGUCUGCUGGUGGGAGAGACAACUGCCAAGAAGGAGGGUGUGGAUGAUGAUCCAUUCAAAACCAAGUGUGGAGGCAUGGUGGAUCUCAACCAGGUCAAGAAUGCAAAGAAGACUUCUGAUGAUGCUUAUGACACUGGCAUUGGCACAGCCUUCUCUGUUGAGACUAAUAGGCGUGAUGAAGAUGCUGAAAUGCAGAAAUACAUAGAAGAAAACCUCGCAAAGCGGAAGGGCAUUGAAUCUGAGGAUAUGCAGGAGGAGCAGAGCCGGUACCAAACACUGGAUGAGGUGGCCCUGCACGCUGUACCCUCCAUGCUGCGAGAGUCCACCUCCAAGCGCAGCGAGGAGAUGCUUAGCAACCAGAUGCUGAGUGGAAUCCCUGAGGUGGACCUUGGACUGGAGGCAAAGAUUCGCAACAUUGAAGCAACAGAAGAAGCAAAGCAGCGGCUCCUCCGAGAGAGCAUGAUGAAGAAAGAGCGGCCAUCGGAGUUUGUGCCAAAGAACAUGGCAGUGAACUUUGUUCAGCACAACAGAUUCAACUUGGAGGAAUCUGGACCCGCCAAGAAGAAAGAAAAAAGAGUGCAAGAGAUUGUGGAGCCAGUGGUGGGUGGUGGUGUCAAGAUCUCCACCAUAGCACCUAAAAGGCCACACGGGGAGAAGGCAACUGAUGACUUUCACUAUGAGAAGUUCAAGAAGCAGUUCAGGAGACACUAGCCCCUGCUGGCUCUCCUCUCGUGUCUUUCAUGUCACUCACUCAGGAACACUACCACUCAAAUCACCCCACAAGCUCACCUGGAUGGAUGUGACUGGUUGGCUCUCAUCUACCUUGAGACCCUCCUGGGCAUUUUUCUGCAGUGUCUUGGAAUCCUGGGUUGGUCCUGCCUGACUGCUGGCACCUCCGCUAGCAGCUCCCUUGUCACUCUGGCCAACAACUGUUGGCACCAAGCUGUUGAAAGACUCCAUAUGAACAUCCCAUCUAAUUGUAUGUUACUAUAAAUAAGAUAUCUACCAUA